GGUCCAAGAUAGGGUCAGUAACCACUGGUUACUGACCCAUCAGUAACCACACGGGAGCCGUAGGAUUGGGAAUGGAGCAAUCGUGUGGCUGAGCUGGAUGUGGGGUGGGGAGGCGCAUUUUUGUCCGUUUUUGUAUUUUUUAAAUUUUUUUUAUUCAUUCCGCAUUUCAAUGGCUGACUUUUCAAUGAAAGAGAGAAUGCAUUUUCUCUGCAACUCAACUUUCUUCCUUCUCUCUUCUUAUCUUUCAAUCUCUUUCCAGAUCUUUUCUCUUUCUCUAUUCUUUCUCUCUUACUUUUUCUUUCACAAUCUCCUUUUCAAAUUUAGAUCUGCUCUCUUCCUCCUUCAUUUUUUUUCUCUAGCAAUCGACGAAUAAAAAUUUUAGCCACUCUCUUUCUUUGCAUUUCUUCUCUUCAUCAACUCGUUGGCCUCAAUUCUGAUCUUUCUCAUUUUUUGGGCAUUUUGGUGUUCUUGAUUGAGGAAGAGGAAAUGAGAGGCAUCAGAAGACGAUUUUUUCUCUCCCUCCUUCUGUUUUUUUUCCUUUUAGAUAAUAUAUAUUGAUAUUAUGACUCUAUACCAUAUGGUAUUGGGUGGUAACGAAAUAUAUAUUGAUAUUACCACACUAUACCCUAUGGUAAUGUAUGGUAUUGCGUGGUAACGAAAUAUAUAUUGAUAUUACCACUCUAUACCAUAUGGUAUUGUGUGAUAUUACCAUACUAUACCAUAUGAUAUUGUGUGGUAACGAAAUAUAUAUUGAUAUUACCACACUAUACCAUAUGGUAUUGGGUGGUAACGAAAUAUAUAUUGAUAUUACCACACUAUACCAUAUGGUAUUUGGUGGUAAUGAAAUAUAUAUUGAUAUUACCACACUAUACCCUAUGGUAAUGUAUGGUAUUGCGUGGUAACGAAAUAUAUAUUGAUAUUACCACUCUAUACCAUAUGGUAUUGUGUGAUAUUACCACACUAUACCAUAUGGUAUUGGGUGGUAACGAUAUAUAUAUUGAUAUUACCACACUAUACCAUAUGGUAUUGGGUGGUAACGACAUAUAUAUUGAUAUUACCACACUAUACCAUAUGGUAUAGACUGGUAAUAACUGGAAAAAAAAUUUGUGUCAAAAAAAUAUUAAAGUGGAUAUCAUUUUGAAGAGCAUAAUUAAUCUGAUCUAACUGUGCAAAAAAAAAAAAAAUUUCGACUUAAAACGAGUGAGAAAUCGUCCGUUAAAGAUUAAGAGAAGGAAAAUUAAAGGUUUUUCGAUGAGAGAGAAGGAGGUCCUGAUGUGGUCGGUCAAAAGUCAGCGCGUCAGCGCGUCAGCAAUAAAUAGGGAAUAAGUGCAUUUUACCUUACUGCCCUUCCGCAUUUAAUUUAAAUAAAAAAGUAGACUGACACGUGGAGAUCAGAGAAUGGGUUACUGAUGGGUUACUGACCCAUCAGUUACUGACACGAUCCGCUCCCAGCAUGCAUCGUAACCCAUGUGAUACAAAAAUGGUAAAAUUUACAAUGACAACUAUACAUUAAUAAAAGUGGCAAUAACUUUUUUGUCAUAUACAAUAACGUUUUAGUAUGACAUUUUCAAGACUUCAAGACACUAUAGUACAAGAUUAUUCUACUACUUCAUUGCAAUUAAGUUAUGAAUGUAUGUUAAAUUAUUUUUUUCAUAGAUGUGAUUUGAUUGUUUGUGAGAAACCUUUUCUAACCCUUAAUCAAAUUCCGCAGGAUUCUAUCACUCUGCCAUCAUGAACACCCACGUCCUGAAACCCACACCGUCACCGGUAGGAGGCAACUCGGCCGAAACGACGACGUACCAUCUCUGGGAAGAGGCGCAGAAGGCGUACAAGGCAUUCCGGAGCUACAAGGAAAGCGACAGGCAGUUCACUGACAUGGCGGACAUCAACUUCCUGAUGACCACCGCCCUCGACAACCCUUCCCUCACUCCUUCCUCCGCCCUCAGGACGUCCCUCCUGUCCGUCUUCGAGGACACCAUCGUUGACGACAACUCCGGCGGCGCCGCCGCCAGGGACGCGGUGGGGGUGGAGGAUUACAUGGGCUGCGCCUCUGUUCACGGCAUUGGGCCUUCCCUCGCCGUGUUCGACACGAUCCGGGAGGGGAAGCUGGACUGCGUCUGUGUUUACCCUUCGCCGCUGCAUUCCAGGGAGCAGAUGGUGGAGUUUGUGGACAAGAUGAAGAGCGUUCUUGUGAGUUGUUGAGAGAGAAAGAGAGGGUUUGGAUCAGGUGGGUGAGUUCGGGCUGGGUUUUUCCGGGUAAUUUUGGAUCCCCGGUUGUUGCUCUUGUUAUGUGUAGUAGAAUAACUGAAUAAGUGCCGCCUAGGCAACGCCGCGCCGGCGAGAACAUUGGUUGCAAGGGAGAGGUUGGUUUUUAUAUUAACUAGUUUAUAAACUAAGCCAGAUCGUUGGCCGGAAUGUUUGUAUUUGAUUUUCUACAUUUUAUAUUUUUAUGUUAUGUUUAAUUUUAUCAACUCAUUUAAUUUUAUUGACAAUCUUUCAAUGUUCGAUCGAUACAUAAAAAUGAAUGUGUAUGUUGAAU